AUAAAAAGAGCGGAGGGAAGGGAAGUGAGUUUGUGCGCGCGAGUGUGUGCGUGUGCGCGCGUGUGUGCAGGGGCGGGAGCGGGCGGGGGCGGCCCGGGCUCCUCCUCCCCAGCCCGCUCCUCUAGCUCCCUCGCCAACUCCAGGCCCAGCCGCGGGCGGGCGCACGGCGGACGGACAGCAUGCUGAGCCUCCUCAUAUGGAUCCUCACUCUCUCUGAUACUUUCUCCCAAGUGCUGGCUUUGGCUUUGCCAGGGACCCAGACCCGCUUCAGCCAGGAGCCAGCUGACCAGACUGUGGUGGCCGGACAGCAGGCUGUGCUCCCCUGUGUGCUGCUCAACUACUCGGGGAUCGUGCAAUGGACCAAGGACGGGCUGGCUCUGGGCAUGGGCCAGGGACUCAAAGCCUGGCCGCGGUACCGGGUCAUGGGCUCUGCAGACGCCGGACAAUACAACCUGGAGAUCACAGAUGCCGAGCUCUCUGACGAUGCCUCUUAUGAAUGUCAGGCCACGGAGGCCGCCCUGCGCUCCCGGCGGGCAAAACUCACCGUGCUCAUCCCCCCAGAAGACACCAGGAUUGAUGGAGGUCCUGUGCUUCUGCUACAGGCAGGCACUCCCCACAACCUCACGUGCCGAGCCUUCAAUGCCAAGCCUGCUGCCACCAUCAUCUGGUUCCGGGACGGGACGCAACAGGAGGGCGCUGUGGCCAGCACGGAACUGCUGAAGGAUGGGAAAAGGGAGACCACCAUCAGCCAGCUGCUCAUUAACCCCACAGACCUGGACAUCGGGCGCGUCUUCACCUGCCGUAGCAUGAAUGAGGCCAUCCCAAGUGGCAAGGAGACUUCCAUCGAGCUCAAUGUGCACCACCCUCCUACAGUGACCCUGUCCAUUGAGCCACAGACUGUGCAGGAGGGUGAGCGUGUUGUCUUUACAUGCCAGGCCACAGCCAACCCUGAGAUCCUGGGCUACAGGUGGGCCAAGGGGGGCUUCUUGAUUGAAGAUGCCCAUGAGAGUCGCUAUGAGACAAAUGUCGAUUAUUCCUUCUUCACGGAGCCUGUAUCCUGUGAGGUUCACAACAAAGUGGGCAGCACCAAUGUCAGCACUUUAGUAAAUGUCCACUUUGCCCCCCGGAUCGUAGUUGACCCUAAACCCACGACCACAGACAUUGGCUCUGAUGUGACCCUCACCUGUGUCUGGGUGGGGAAUCCCCCCCUCACCCUUACUUGGACUAAAAAGGACUCAAACAUGGGGCCCAGGCCUCCUGGCUCCCCACCCGAGGCUGCUCUCUCUGCCCAGGUCCUGAGUAACAGUAACCAGCUACUGUUGAAGUCUGUGACCCAGGCAGAUGCCGGCACCUACACCUGCCGGGCCAUCGUGCCUCGGAUCGGAGUGGCUGAGCGGGAUGUGCCACUUUAUGUCAAUGGGCCCCCCAUUAUCUCCAGUGAGGCGGUGCAAUAUGCUGUUAGGGGUGACGGUGGCAAGGUGGAGUGUUUCAUCGGGAGCACGCCGCCCCCAGACCGCAUUGCAUGGGCAUGGAAGGAGAACUUCCUAGAGGUGGGGACUCUGGAACGCUAUACGGUGGAGAGGACCAACUCAGGCAGUGGGGUGCUAUCUACGCUCACCAUCAACAACGUCAUGGAGGCCGACUUUCAGACCCACUACAACUGCACUGCCUGGAAUAGCUUCGGGCCAGGCACGGCCAUCAUCCAGCUGGAAGAGCGAGAGGUGUUGCCCGUGGGAAUCAUCGCUGGGGCCACCAUCGGCGCGGGCAUCCUGCUCACCUUCUUCUUCAUCACCUUGGUGUUCUUCCUCUACCGGCGCCGCAAAGGCAGUCGCAAGGAUGUGACCCUGAGGAAACUGGACAUCAAGGUGGAAACAGUGAACCGCGAGCCACUCACCGUACAUUCUGACCGGGAGGACGAUACCUCCAGCAUCUCUACAGCGACUCGGGUCAUGAAAGCCAUCUACUCGUCCUUUAAGGAUGAUGUGGACCUGAAGCAGGACCUGCGUUGUGACACCAUCGACACCCGGGAGGAAUAUGAGAUGAAGGACCCCACCAAUGGCUACUACAAUGUGCGUGCCCACGAAGACCGCCCAUCUUCCAGGGCAGUACUCUAUGCUGAUUACCGUGCCCCUGGUCCUGCCCGCUUCGACGGCCGCCCCUCUUCCCGUCUCUCUCACUCCAGCGGCUAUGCGCAGCUCAACACCUACAGCCGGGCCCCAGCCUCCGACUAUGGUCCUGAGCCCACAGCCCCUGGCCCUGCUGCCCCAGCUGGCACUGACACAACCAGCCAGCUGUCCUACGAGAACUAUGAGAAGUUCAGUUCCCAUCCCUUCCCAGGGGCAGCCGGGUACCCCACCUACCGACUGGGCUACCCCCAGGCCCCACCCUCUGGCCUGGAGCGGACCCCAUUCGAGGCAUAUGACCCCAUUGGCAAGUACACCACUGCCACUCGGUUCUCUUACACGUCCCAGCACUCAGACUAUGGCCAGCGCUUCCAGCAGCGCAUGCAGACUCACGUGUAGGGGCCAGAACCUGGCUGGGGCAUCUCUGCGGAGCAGAGGAGAAAAUGUUCCCUGAUAUUCAGGGGCGUUGCUCAUUGCUCCUGUCCCCAACCAGCCUUCCUCCUCCCACUGUGGCAGGUGGGGAGCAGGUCUACCAGAAACACCUCACCUGAGGAUGGUGCUCUGUGCAUGCCCCAGCUUCCUGGGCCUGCCCUUCCCUCUUCUUCGGGAGGAUGUGUCUCUUCUGACCUGUGUCACACCUGGCCCCAGCAUGGGGACAGGAAAGUGAAGGUUGGGGAGAGCAGGGGGGGCAAUUUUUAACAUUCCCUUUUUAUUCCACCGCUCUGGUCUCCCAUAAAUGGGAUGAGCAGGCUUUGGCCUAGGGGACAUGAAGUGUAGGGGUGAGUGGCUCUGGCACAUAUAGGUGGAAACAGGAUGGCCUGGCCAGUCCCUUUGUCAUCUUCAUUCAUACCCUGGUGCAUAUCUCCUUCCUCCGGACUGCAGAAGGGACCUUGGAUUUAUUUAUCUCUGUCUACAGAAUAGCCUUGCCACUGAGUUCAAGUCCAGUCAUCAUUCAGCUGAGAUUAAAAUACCAGUCAUCCUGGCUGGACACCUGUCUGUAAGCCUGCAGAGGGAUCCAGGUGUCUCCAGUAGCGCUGCCCCCUUUCCUUCUCCUCUAUGAUGGACUAGCCAGAUAAGGCAGGGGGUCAUGAUGGAGAAAGGAAAAGUCAGAAACCAUGGUGUCCUGAUUCACCAGCAAGACAGCUAUGUGCUACCUAGCAGUUUCCAGAACCCACACUAGGGGGAGCCCACCCAAGCCCCCUUCUUCUCAAUCUGCCCCACUUCCUUGCUUGAACUCUUGAGCCUGUCUGGAGGGUUGAGGGUAUGUGUAUUAUAAGCUAUUUUUUAAAGAUGGGGAAAAAAAAGAAAAGAAAAGAAAAGAAAAAAAAA